UCAAUACGUGAAAAAUAGAUUCUGCUCGUGUUCAUGUUCAAAGGAAUUUUCGAUUUCCCGAAAUUGCGCGGAUUGUCGAGCUUCCCCAUGAUUCCGUCAGAUGCUAAGUAAGUUCGUCGUUAGUAGUGUCGCCAUCGAUGCACUCGUUAUGCCAAACCUGGCCACACUGAUGCACACACCUUGUGCAUAAGUAUAUAUAUAUGUAUAAAGCAAGAGACAAAUUCCUUGUGACUCGGGUCCAUAGGUCUACAAUUUGGCAACAACGCUUACAUAGCUUAUAAGACUGUGUGAUAGCGAGACUGUUGAACUGUACGUUCGUGUAAACAGCAUCACAGAAGCAUUCGUAAAUUAGGACAACGGAAUACUCGUAUCGCAAAGCCAAAUAUUUACAUCUAAUACGUUACAGUAUUAGAAACCUUAGACUGUUUUCUUAACUAUCACAAACACGAGCGACCAAAAUGUAUAAAAUAAAUUUACUCGUUAAUCACAAUGCACUCGGGGUAUUGUAUACUGCUAUUCGAAAAUUUGCUGCCCUUUCCUUGCUACCAGAGACACACCAGAUGCUUCAGAAAACAUGCAAGGAUUUUGCUGAAGGGGAGUUGAAACCAAUAGCAGGACAAAUUGAUAAGAAGCAUUGUUAUCCGGAAGAACAAAUAAAGAAAAUGGGUGAAAUGGGUUUAAUGAGCGUUGCAAUUCCUGAAAAUGUAGGUGGAACUGGACUAGAUUAUCUGGCAUACGCUAUUGCGAUAGAAGAAAUAUCCAAAGGUUGUGCCAGUACUGGUGUUAUAAUGAGCGUGCAUAAUUCCCUUUACUUAGGACCUAUAGAAAAAUUUGGCAAUAAGAAUCAGAAAGAGAAAUACGUUACUCCUUUUGCAACUGCUGCAAAACUUGGAUGCUUUGCUCUUAGUGAACCUGGUAAUGGUAGUGAUGCAGGUGCUGCUUCUACCACUGCUAAGUUGGACGGUGAUAACUAUAUACUCAAUGGCACAAAGUCAUGGAUAACAAAUGCAUACGAAUCAGAAGCAAUUGUUUUAUUUGCUACAACAGAUAAAGAUAAAAAGCAUAGAGGAAUAAGUGCAUUUAUAGUUGACAAGCCUACAGAUGGCCUCUCUAUUGGUAAAAAAGAAGAUAAGUUAGGUAUUAAAGGCAGCAGUACCUGUUCGUUAAUAUUCGAAGAUUGCAAAGUGCCGGCUGAGAAUUUGAUAGGAGAUGUAGGAAUGGGUUUUAAAAUCGCAAUGAUGACUCUGGAUGCUGGUAGAAUAGGCAUUGCUGCUCAAGCUUUAGGCAUAGCUCAGGCUUCUUUUGAGUGUGCAGUCGAUUAUGCAGCUAAACGACAAGCGUUUGGUAAACCUAUCAUUAAGCUACAAACAAUUCAACAAAAGAUAGCUGAUAUGGCAUUAAAAAUAGAAAGUUCGAGAUUAUUGACGUGGCGGGCGGCUGUAUUAAAAGACAGCGGUAAACCGUAUACAAAGGAAGCUGCUAUGGCGAAGCUGUCGGCAUCAGAGGCGUCUACUUUCUGUACUCAUCAGUGCAUACAAAUUUUAGGCGGUAUGGGGUAUGUUUCGGAUAUGCCAGCAGAACGUCAUUAUAGAGACGCGCGUAUUACCGAGAUUUAUGAAGGUACAUCAGAAAUACAAAGAUUAGUUAUAGCUGAUAGAAUUACCAAGGAAUACAGUCUCAAUUGAAACUUUUGAAUGUAAUACGUAUUUUGUUAUCUAACCUUUUAUAUACGAGCAAAAUAUUUUUAUACAUUUUAUAUU